UGCUGCCGAGAGGCGAGUCCAUACACAAGCCUCGCUGUUUCUUUCCAAGAACAAAAGUUUGUCCCCAGCUUGGUGGAUCGCCUCUUUGAGCGAGAAGGAACCAUGGAGGAUGCGUUCCAUCCAGACAGCCUGGUCAUUGCGCUCAACCAGUCUAGCGCCGCGCAUCCCGGAUGGAACCUGAGCCUCUCCUUCCCAUCCCGCUGGGCUGCCCCCGGGCAGCCUGAGCGGAUCAUUUCCGCCACCGCGAUCGCGCUACUGGCGCUGGUGGGCAACUGCCUCCUGUUGCACCGGCUCCGCUGCGGCGGCUGCUGCUGCUGCUACUGCGGGGGCCGAUUUGGACGGCGGAGGAAGAUGGAUUUCCUCCUGACUCAUUUGGCCCUCGCCGAUCUCUACGGAUGCGGGCUGGCGCUGCUCUCCCAGCUUCCUCCAGCCGCCGACGACUCCGAGAUAGAGCCGGGGGAAGCGCAACAGUGGCCGGCUGAGGAUGCCACCUGUCGCCUGCUCCGGUUCCUGGAAGGCUCCGGGGUGCUGGCGCCGUCGCACAUGCUGGUGCUUAUCGCGCUGGAGCGGCACCACGUGGUGAGAGGCCCGCAGUACCCACAGACACAGCAGGUUCUUUCUUGGAUGCCCGCCCGGGGCUCCCUGGCCGCUCUGGGCUGGCUGUUGGCGAUGCUGCUCGCCCUGCCCCAGGCUUUCGUGUACAAGCUGGCCGGGACGCCGCAGCACGGAGGCCGCUGCCUUAGCAUCUUCGCGCAGCUACCCCGCUGGCACAGCCAAGUCUACGCCGUGUACGGGGCAAUCACGGGCUUCGUGGCGCCCGCCUGCCUCCUGGGCGGGACCUGCGGCCGCAUCCUCAGCGCACUCAGUGCCUCCCCUGCCAAGGAGGAGGAGCCGGCGCCGCGUGGGGCAGCAGGAGACAGCGCCCGCCACUACCGCGUGGAGCUGCCUGGCGUCCCGGCUCCGGCCCCGCCGCCGCUACUGCUGCGCCUUUUGCCGGUGGCCAAGUGUGCUUUGCCCUCGCCGCCUGCGCCCCGGAGUCUGCCCCGCGCGCGAGCCCGGGCGCUGCAGAUGACUUUGGCGCUGGCCGCGCUCUUUGCGCUCUGCGGCUUCCCGCGCUGCGUUCUGGAGCUCGGCUUGGCCUUCGCCUCGUCCUCCGAGAGUAGCACCGAGGAAGCUCGGAGGACACUGGGCAGCAUCAUGGCGGCCACCAACAGCGCCCUCAACCCCUACGUUUGCCUCCUGUUCCACAGCCACCGGCCGUGGGCGCGGCGCCUCCAGCGCAGCCUCUGCCGCUGUCCGGACUGGCAGCCCCGCCGACGGGCUCCCCACCGUCACCGCACACCUCCGCCACAAGCGGCCGCCGAGCACUCUGGACUCUGGUUCUGCCCCUGUCAAAUUAAGCCGCCCCCCACCGCCUCCCUCCAGCAAGAAGAACUUGAGAGCCGGGCUCCUGCAGCUGCUGCCGCCUGCGAGAGCGGACUGUAGCAGGCGCGUGCUCUGCUGGAAGCAAGAAGGGCGGGAAGAGGUUUUGGAACAGAGGAGGACGCUCGUUGCCUCCUGUUGAGUCAGACCCCUGGUGGUCCGCGUCCGUCUUGCUCAGUGAGUAUUGUCAGGAAUCGAACCUGGAGCUUCUGCAGGCAACGGCUGCCGACAAAAGACCAUCCGAACACCCUACAGGCAGACGAAAGCUUAUUCGAGCUGAGCUCCGCUCCCACAACCCACGGCCUUACCCUAAGCAAGUACUGCUCGCCUUCGAAAGCAAGAGGUGCUGGGGCUCAAGCUUGCCUAAGAUCGCGCUUUCUGAUCUGGAAGACCUUUUAAUCCUCGAGGCCUGACCGGAGGUGGAGGCUACUUAUUGAGGGGAAAGCACUCUGUCCAUGCUCAAAGCCAUUACUACACCCCAGUGCUGAACCCAAACACUGGAAAUAGGUGGCGAAGCUGAGCUGUGCCUCAACUGAAGGCAGGUAUACAGUCCCACACUCUCUUCCAAAUCGAGGAAGGCUGAUUGGAUUAGUGGAUGGAUUCCUCUUGACCACUGGAGGUCUAGCUGCUAUUUUAAGCCUUUGCUUGGAACAGGACCGGUUGCCAAGUAAAUGGGUUUAGAGCUGGGAAUGAUAGUGGUGAUUUUGUUCAUUUUAUUAUGGUACCUGGUUCAAAGCAGAUGAAGACCUUCAUGUUUUCCCUACAGGAGGAUUGGUUCUAAGCAGGCUUAGCAGAUUGAGAAGAAUAUCUCUUAUUAAGAGCAUCCUGUAGUUUAUGCCAGGAUUUGUACAUAGGCUUUUGUAAUGUACAAACAGAAUACCUGUAUGUUAGCCAAGAAGGAGUUCUGUAUAAUUUGCCAGCAUCACUAUCAUUUUCAGAAUUCCCUGCCCUGUCCCCUAACACCAGGAGGAUACAUGCUGAAGGCUUUUAGCAUGCCUCUCAAAAGUGGUUUAGCCACUACAUCUGUAGUAGGAGAAAGGCAUUUGUGAACAUACACUCUUAGUUCACACAGGAAAACCAUGAGAUGCAGAAUGAGAAAUGCUGGUACUUCUGAAAGCAUUGGCGACCAUGGGAGGGGAAGGCAUUUCUUUAUGUAAUGUGCAGACAUAUCUUUAUUGUAUAUUGAUUACAGUUACUAUAUGUAAUAAAACUUCGUGUGUCCAGUAUAA